GAUAUCAAUAUGGCGGUCUCUGUCUCAAAGAGAAGGCUGAGAAGUUCCAAAAAGACAGAACUCGAAAAGGAAGAGAAACACAAAGGACAUCAUCGUAUCCUUUGUUCCUCUAUUCAACAUUUCUGUUCCAGUUUCUGCAAAUCGAUUCUUUUUCGCAUACCUCUGGCGGUUCUGUUGCUGUUCAUUGUCUACUUAUGGUCUUCCUCGUCCACCGUCGUCUCCAGCAACGUCGUCCAUAUCUGCAUCUCUUCUCGAGACGGAGGUACUGCCAUUUCUGGCGCCGGAAAAACAAAGUAUGUCCAGAAGGAGAAUCUUGGUCGUGUUCUCGAUCGUGAUAACAAAACAGUGGACGUCCCGAAGGAGAAUCUUGGAUCUGUAGUUGAUCAGGAUCACAAGAAAGAUUCCGGCGAAAGCAGAGCCAAGAACGAGAAUCUCGAUCUAUGGGAAAUCGAGAGCGGAGAAGAAGAGUUCAGAUACAUCGACUCCAAGAACGAGGACGAGGAGAGUGCACUGAAGGCCUUAAGCAAGUAUCUGCAGUUGCAGAGAUCGUGGCUCGUGUCUGGAAUCGACAAGAACAACAUCGAUGAUAAGUCUGGAUCUUGUAAAGGGAAAGGCAUCUACGUGUACGAUUUACCUUCAAAGUUCAACAAAGAUUUGUUGGGACAGUGUUCAGACAUGGUUCCGUGGACGAACUUCUGCAAUUACUUCAAGAACGAUGCGCUGGGUGAACCGAUGGAGAAUCUCGGCAAAGGAUGGUACAGAACUCAUCAAUACUCGUUGGAGCCGAUAUUUCAUUCGAGGUUUCUGAAGCAUCAGUGUAGGGUUUUCGACGAAAACCAAGCGAAACUGUUCUACGUGCCCUUCUACGGAGGUCUCGACGUUCUGAGAUGGCAUUUCAAGAACGUUUCAGAGGACGUGAAGGACAGUCUAGGGAUAGAGGUGAUCAAAUGGCUCGGAUCCAAGCAAUCGUGGAAGAGAAACGCCGGGAAAGAUCACGUCUUUGUACUGGGAAAGAUCUCAUGGGAUUUCAGAAGAAACGACAAGUUUUCUUGGGGGUCGAGGUUUCUUGAGCUCCAAGAAAUGCAAAACCCUACCAAGCUUCUGAUCGAACGUCAUCCAUGGCAGAUCAAUGACAUAGCUGUACCUCACCCGACAUACUUCCACCCACAGACAGACAAUGAUAUCGCGAACUGGCAGAUUAAAAUCAUAACCAAACCUCGCCGGAGCUUGGUCAGCUUCGCCGGAGCAGCAAGACCCGGCAAGGCGGAGAGCAUCAGAUCGACGAUCAUAGAUCAGUGCAAGUCAUUCCCCGACGAAAAAUGCAGAUUCUUGAACUGCUCAGACGGAGGAUGCGAGAAACCAGAGACGAUAAUCGACAUGUUCCAGGAAUCAGAGUUCUGUCUGCAGCCGCCGGGGGACAGCCCGACAAGGAAGUCAGUGUUCGACUCUCUGGUAUCAGGCUGUAUCCCAGUGAUGUUCGAUCCUUACUCCGCGUAUUAUCAGUACACGUGGCACUUGCCGGAGGAUCACCGGAGAUAUUCGGUGUAUAUAAGCAAGGAGGAAGUGAAGGGAAGGGGAGUGAAUGUGGUGGAGAAGCUGAUGGAAAGGAGCGCAAGAGAGAGAGAAGACAUGAGGAGUUAUAUUGUGUAUGAGCUCUUGCCUGCUUUGAUCUACGGACACUCUGAUUCUAAGUUUCAGAGGUUUAGAGAUGCUUUUGAUAUCAGUAUUAGCGGUUUGCUCGAGAAGAUUGGAAAUUAAAAGUGAAAAUUAAUGAGAAUGGAUUUGGAUGAA